AAAGGAUCUUUAAAACUGCACCACCAAAAUAGUUCAGCAUGAAAUAGCAUCCCUCCAAGUGAUUGCAGAAAGUUUGUAAAAGAUGGGGUUUUUUGGAAGCUUUCUAGUUUUUUUUUUUUUAUUAUUAAUUUACUGUGUUUGCUUUGAAGGUAAUUAGAGUGACUGGUUUUAUGAACGGGCUUUACACAGACUUUGAGAUGAAAUCUGAUAAUGUGAAGGAUAAAGAUGCCAAAAUCAGCUUUCUCCAGAAGGCUAUUGAUGUGGUCAUAAUGGUAACAGGGGAGCCAUUGGCAGUGAAGCCGGCCCGUGUGGUAGCUGGACAUGAACCGGAAAGAACCAAUGAGUUUCUCCAAGCAAUUGGGAAGUGCUGUCUAAAUAAGUUGUCCAGUGACGAUGCUGUGAAGAGGGUCCUUGCUGGGGAGAGAGCUGAUAUCAAAGGAAAGCCUCCAUCUACUUCUAAAUCGCAAGAUAAAGAAAACAGAGAGUCCAGGGCAGAAGAACAAAAAAGCCAUAAGGAUAAAGAGGGUAGAGGGGACAAUGAAAUAAAAGACAGAAGUUCAAGUCAUGACCGAAAACCUAGAGAAGAGUUGAAAGAAGGGAAGAAGCAAAGAGAAAAGGAAAGAGACAAGCAUAAAGAUAAUGAGGACAGGCACAAAGACCUGGAUGGGGAUAAUCUUGGAGAAGGUGAAAAACAUGCAAGAGAGAAAAGCAAGAACAGAACAUCCAAACAAGGAAGAGAAUUGGAAAAAAGCAGAGAGAAAGAAAAAGGUGUGGAACGAGAAAAAGAUCUGGAACAUGAUAAAGGACGAGAGAAGGAAAGAAGAAAUGAAGGAGGAAAAGAAAAGGAAAAAUUGAAAGAAAGAGACAAAGAGAAGGGCAGAGACAAAGACCGAGAGAGAGGAAAAGAUAGAGAGAGGGACAGACGAAGGGAACGAGGCAAAGAUGAGCAACGCUCGAAAGAACAAGCAACGGAUAAAGCAGAAAAAAAGUCUGCAGGGUCUGAGGAAACUUUAGCUAAGAAAACAGAGAGAUCUUCUAAAGACACCAAGACUGAGCCAGAUAAAGAGACAUCUGAAAUUCUGAUGGCAGAGGGUGAAAGUCCUGCGAGAAUACCAAGGCAAUCUUCAACAAAGGGACCCCGGCAACGAAUCAAAGCUGGAGGAGAAGGUUCUUCAUUACAGCUGAUUAGGUCGCCACCUGCAGUUAGAAGAAAGGAAUCUAAAAACACUACAGCUAGUGCCACAACUGAGAAAAAGCUUAGCCCUUCAUAUAUGAAAGCCAGGAAGAACAUUCUAGUGAAACAGCUAGGAAGAAAGGAAGCUAGUAAAACUGCUGCUAGUGUCUUGGUUGAGAAGGCAGCUAGUAUAUUAAAAGAGAAAGCUGAGUCAGUCACAACAAUGCAAGAACCAGGAAUAGUGGAAACUAAUAGUCCUGCAGAUAGCAUGUCAGAUGAAAAAGCAGCUAGCAUAUUGCAUGCAAAAGCUGACCCCAAACCUGCAAUAAAACACCAAGGAGAAUCUGCCAGUGAUGCAGAAGGAGAAGCUGGAAACCAAACCUCUGAGAAGCCAGUGGUGUCUGAGAAUGGAGAAGUAUCUAAUGAUCUCCCACCUCCCAUCAUCCAAAGAAGACCACCACGUCCCAACAGUGCCAGGCCAGCUCCCCCCCGAAUAAAAAGGCAAGAAAGUGCAGAGGUUUUACUUCCAGAGAGGAAUGGUAGUGAUAAAGCCGCCACAAGUGUGAUCAGAGACACGCAGAAUUCUGACGAUGAGGACGAUCAGUUUGUGGUGGAGGCAGCACCCCAGCUCCCUGAAAUGCCAGAAAUGGAAGCGGAGCCAGUAACGGAGCUGGAUGGUGAUGAGACGCAUGGUGGUCUUGUAAAAAGAAUCUUGGAAACAAAGAGAGAUUACGAGACAUCGCAUCAGUCAAAGCCUACAGAGAAGGAGAAGCCGCUUUUGUCAGAAGCCACUAGAAGAAAGGAGAAGGACCUGGUUUCCAAAGAAAUAGAGAAGUUUCGUGCAUCUAUUCAGACGCUGUGCCGGAGUGCGCUGCCUCUUGGGAAAAUCAUGGACUACAUUCAGGAAGAUAUGGACUCCAUGAAGAAUGAACUGCAAAUGUGGCAGCAUGAGACCAAGCGGCAUGCAGAGGCUCUGCAGAAGGAGCAGAGCAUCACAGACAGCGCUGUGGAGCCCUUAAAAGCAGAACUGGCUGAAUUGGAACAGUUGAUUAGAGACCAGCAAGACAAGAUUUGUGCUGUAAAGGCCAAUAUUUUGAAGAAGGAAGAAAAAAUCCAGAAGAUGGUUCUUAACAUUAACUUAUCUACGAGAAGGUGAAAAGAAGGAUGAAGUGUGUGGGCAGACUUAUAUUCCUACCAAACAAAAACAAAAAGGAAAAGAAUGAGAAACUGUGUACAAAUAAAGAACAAUGGCCUAUACAAUUUCAUAUUAGUGUAAACACACUACAUUCACUAUUCUUGUGAGGUUGGUAUCAAAUGUAAAAUUACAUGAGUUCAGAUAUCGUCUAAAGCUUUUAAAUAUUGAAGUGUCAUUAGGUGUAAGCUGCUAGGAUACAGUUGUUUGCUAUUUUGAACCCAUUUGCCCUCUCUGACUUUUUUUAUGACUAUUUACAGCACAGGGUUGCCCCUUUUUUCCAUCCGUGUACCCAGUUUGGGUACUUUUGGCCAAAAAUGGGCUAUGCUGAUGCCAUGAAAAGUGGUACUAAAGACCUUUUUUGCAGUAAGUUGUGACAUUGCAACAGUGCAGAAUGGGCUGCAGUACCUUCCACAAUUUACGGGUCCAGAAAUAAAACCUAGUUUAGCAUUGGCUCCUUACAUUGUCACAAAGGUGAUGUCACAUUUCAUUAGCUCUCGAGAAAUUUUAUGGUGGGGCCUAUAAAAUUCUGUACAGGCAUCACCAUGGAUGCGACCUAAAGUAUUUUAUAUGCACAGGUGUUAAUUCCAUCUUUAUUGCAUCCAUUUGGUUGGAAGAGAUUCAUUCAAAUUCCUGUUUCCUCCCAAAUGUAUGUUCAUGUAUGUUUUGGACAUGAACGAUUCCAGCUAUGUUAGUUAUUGGCAGCUUGUUUCGUGCUGACUUCUCCAGUGUAUUGGGUGGAAGAUCCAACUGCUGAAGAUCCAGCCUUACAUGUUCACAAAUCUGAAAAAUAUAUUCAAAUGCUUCACAAAUUAGAGCCCUGAGACCUGAUCAGGCCCAAGCACGUGUCAGGUGCAGGUUGGGUAGGGGACCGGUCAGGCCCUCCUGGGGUCAGGUCUCUUCGCUGGCUCCCCUGCCUAUGGGUACGGUGUAGGCCGUGUGCCCUCUUGCAGGCUGCUCUGACCGUGUGCCUGCUGGGAGUGGCAGAACCUCUUGCUGCAGGGCGCGUCCAGCAGUAGGUUCUGUGGAUGGCAAGAGUGGGCCAUGCCGCCACAGAGCACACAGGCAGGAGGUGGCCAUGACAACUUGGGUUCGGGGAAGGGGUGGAGUGGGGCUGGGAUGGAAAACAAAUCAACCCUCAUAGGGGUGGGUUUUGCUUCAGGCCCGAUGAGAGCUGGGCUCAAUCACAAGUGCAGAAAAUUCUAGCCUCCUCCACAGUUCAGGCCAGUCUGUCAAGGUUUUCUACUGUCUGCACACCUCUGCUCAUCUGGUUUUUUUCAUUGCAUGUAAACUUGAAAACACUGGUCUGUUCAUUAGCAAAUCCAGCUUGUGUGGCAGCUUCACCUUGUCAGACGUGUUCCUCAAAAUGACAACGUGACCUUUUCACGCUGUUUAUGGGGGAGAGAUGACUAGCUGGCUCUCCGUUUUCCACUCUGGUAUGACACUGUUGAUAGGAAUGUCAGCGCUGCACCGAGGACUUAGAGGUAGUUCAGUGCAGCAUUUCGGUUAAUUCUGGACUAGCCUGUAGCUGAUCUGAUCGAUCUAAAUUGGCUGUAGUACAAGGUUUAUACCAUAUGUGUGCACACUUGCUGGCUUUAAGUUAUUCUUCACUCAUUUUUCCUAGCUAGGUUCCUCACUAAUGAGAGUUUUGGGGUAACAGUCUUAGCACAGUUUAGUUUUCUGAGCAGAACGUUCAUUCUUUAAGGAGUGAGCUAUCGCUUCAAGUGUGUUUGUGUGUAUUAUAAGCAAAAGAAUCCCUUUGAUUUAGGAGGUCGUGUUACUUGCCUGAAAAGGUUUUAUGAAAAGACUACCAAGUCUUCUGGUACAGCAGCGUUAAGGCCUUUCUGUGUAGUCGACCAAAAAUGUUAAGCUAAAAGAUUAGAUUCAAGUUUGUGUUUAUGCUAGGACUAAGCCACCUGUGUUGAUUGGCACUUGGAAGUUAGUCUUAAUUAUACUCUCUCAACAUGGCACACUGUCAGAAAUCAAUCUUAGGGUCAUAUGUAAGCCUUGCAUAAAUCUGCAAAUACGACGAUGACUGUUUGUGUAGGAAACCUAACAAAUAUAGGAUGUGUGAGCAAAUAUUUGUACAAAGUAGAAUAUCAAAUUAACAAUUAUUUUUUUUUAUAUAAAAAUAAUUAAAAAUGAUCGCCUAUUUUUUUAUGAA